UGCUAAUCAUUGAUGGACAGCAGCUCAGAAGUGACCCGGCUACUGUGAUGGAUGAAGUGCAGAAGUUUCUUGGCGUCUCUCCUCAUUACAAUUACUCUGAAGCUCUAACGUUUGACCCUCAAAAAGGGUUUUGGUGCCAGUUACUGGAAGGAGGGAAAACAAAGUGCCUGGGAAAAAGCAAAGGUCGAAAAUACCCACCAAUGGAUCAAGAGUCUCGAGCUUUUCUGUCGAGCUACUACCGAGACCACAACGUGGAACUGUCCAAACUGCUGCACAGACUGGGCCAGCCGCUGCCGUCAUGGCUGAGACAAGAGCUGCAGAAAGUGAGGUAGCACUGACCGUCAGAGGACCAAAGGCUCUGAGGACCAUUUCCUUCACAUAAAACCCCUCGCUUCUCCGACUCACUUGUGAUCAUCAGUAGAGGACCUCAUGAAUAAUGCCCUUUCUAUAAAAAAAAAAACACAAAAGAAUUAAAAAAAAGGUAAAACCGUUCAUAUGCACGUAUUGACAGUUAUUAGCAUCAACUCCUUUUGUCAGCUUCCAGGAAAUAAUAUGGAGCUACAUGGCAUUAUUCUGUAUCCAGGCUGGGAUUCGUGCAUAGCCUAGUCUUCUGUUCACCAGAAAGUACCAGAAACUCUGUGUAGGACUGAUAGGCCUCAGUGUAUAUGACCAAGUACAGUCUGUCAGGACACAAGCAAAGGAUGGGAACAUCUCUCCUCGGAUUAUGAGUUCAUCCUUUUAGUGUGACUGCAAAGGUGUGGACCUGUCUAUGGAUUUGAUUUUUCCAUCACUAUCCUAUCUAGAAAAACUACCAAAAAAGAAUUAAUGGAUUUUCAAGCAACACAGAUGCUUAAGCAUUAAAUGUUCCAGUGACUGGAUAACUUUUAUAAGACUUGGUCUCAUUU